AUGUCUGAGAAAAGGUCAACGAAUAUCUCAGAACUAGGCUUCGGUUAUGUGGCAGACAAUGACCCUCUCCAGCGGACUCCCCAGAGCGCGUUGAGAGUGCCUGGCACGCCAGGGUGGGCGCUGGACCUUCAGAGUCCCACUGCCCGGGAGGAAUAUCUGUUGGAUAAACACGAAAAGGCGUCCGAGAGGCAGAACGCAAAGGAUCUGAGAGUCAAAACCCGCGUCCGCCUUGCCAAAGCCUUCCUCCGCGUCGUCAAUUUCAGUUGCAGCUUGAUCAUCCUGUCCCUCCUCUCCACCACCCUCGUCAUCUUCAACGCAACAAAAACCCUGCCCGAACGAAACAACCUGCCUCCGUGGGCGCUGGGGACGAACCCAUGGGCACAGUACCUCCUCAUCGGCCUGUCCUGUGUCUCCCUUCUCACCUGCCUGGUCGUGUUCUGGGGGUACUGGAAGGGCGGGCACAAGCGAGCCAAGAAGCUGGCCAUCUACUACUCGGUCUUUUCCGUGUGCUACUUUGUCUUCAAUCUGGUUAUGUGGGUGGUUGCCGCCGCCAUCUUCCAGAACUCCAAGAAUACCGGCAAUGGUGAAGAUCUGUGGGGAUGGUCCUGCAAGACCAAUGAGCGGUACGAUCUGUUCGAGAAGGAGAUCAACUAUAACCUCGUCUGCCGUCUGCAGAAUUGGGGCUUGGUGUGCGCCAUCAUCGAAGUCGUGAUCGAACUGUUUGUGAUCCUCAUCUACGCCGUCGUCUUCUACCGCUUCUACUCCAAGCGCCGAUUGAUGAAGACCAUGGACACCAGAGACAGAGCCCGCUCGGAUCUCUACCUGGCCCAGCUUCGUCUCCAGUCUGCUCCCAACACCCCGGGCUUCCGUAUGGCGACGACGCCCAAGUCGCCCUUUUUCCACCAGGACUUUUAUGGUGGUGCUCCUGCUGGAGAUAAUGCGCAUGUGCAAUAUGCCACGCCGCAGAAUCCAUCAAAAUCUCCCCCUGCGUUCCAUCUACAGCCGCCUCCAAUUCGCAUUCAGGGUGCGACUCCUGUGGUUGCCCAGGAGGGGUUUCCAUCGCAGAAAGAGCCGGUCAAGGAGGCCACGGAGCCUUCCUCGGGCAAGGAAACCUACGAGUCUGUCGCUGUACCCGGGAUGUACACCACUCCAUGA